AUUUGUUAGCUAAUUUAUGGCAGAAAAUAAAUAAAUUAGCCAAAAUGAAGUUGACUUCGUUCAUUUUGUUUUGUAUUGUGAAUACGAUUGCUGGUGAAACAGAAGAGAUCGAUGAGAUAUCAUCGCGUAUUGUCGGCGGUAAAAAUGCAACCAGUGAUCAGGCACCGUGUCAAUGUUCGGUGCAAAGAUACAGCCAACAUACGUGUGGCUGUGCAAUAAUUUCAGAAAAUUGGAUACUCACAGCGGCUCAUUGUGUUGGAGGGUCCACAUCAAACAUUGAAAUUUUAGUUGGCACCAAUGACUUACAGUCGGGCGGUACACGCUUCACACCCGAACGAUUUAUAAUUCACGAAAGCUAUGAUCGACCGCGACGCAUGCAAAAUGACAUAGCGCUGAUAAAAAUGGCAAAAAUGCAAUUUAAUUCAAAUGUCAAACCUAUAAAAUAUUCGACAAACUUUGUUAAGGACGGUGCUCAACUCCAAGCUACUGGAUGGGGGCGAUUGAGCGCAAAUGGCAAUAUUCCAAGAUUCUUACAAGUUGUCAAUUUGAAAGCGAUAUCCAAUCAACGGUGUAGACGAUUUUACAGAAAUACAGUUUUCGAUGGAAUUUUGUGUACGUACACCAAAGUUGGUGAAGGUGUUUGUAACGGAGAUAGUGGUGGCCCCAUUGUAAUGGGCGAUGAACUUGUCGGUUUGACCAGCUUUGCUGUGUUAUGCGCCAAGGGCUAUCCUGAUGGUUUUACGAGAAUUUCGCAUUACUUCAAUUGGAUUCAAAUAAACAUCGAGAAAGCGACAUAAAUGAAUUCGAAGGAAAAUAAUGUUGAACACAAAAAUCCGGAAAUAAAGUUACUUUUGAAAGAACAAAAAAACUGUAA